AUGUAGCAAACUACCAAGAAGAAAAUUUUGAUUCAUGGAAUAAAAAAUACAAGUCACUUGAAAAUAAAUCAAGGCGUGGCUAUAAGUCUUUAAUAACGUGGGUACAAUGUGACUAUUGUAUUAUUUGAUUUCGAUUAGUAAAUGAUUAGAAGUUUGCGUUAAAAUAAAGUCACUGUGGCUUUGAUGGCUCCUUUGACUAAGGAGUAAUUGUAAUUAUGGAAUCAAAGGCAAUAAGAGCAAACUCAAGGUCCUCCAAUUAGCUUGAAGAUGUGGAAUAUCGCUAUGAACUAUGUGAACUAAGUCUUUGUUGACUAGAUUUCGUUUCUCUCUCACCUAAAGGAUCAGAAUUACGACAUGAUUAUAUUUGAGCACAUGCUUUAUCAGUAACUUAUAGUAAACUACUUAGAAAUACCUAUUGCAGUUUAGUUGAUGAAUGGAGCAAUCGAACAAGACUUGGCAGUCAAAUCAGCAGAGCCAUUUAUUCACUCAAGUCAUUUUAAUCUAGUCAGAUAUCUUGUGUUCAAGUAUCAGAGACAUUUAGGUUAAUUUGCUGAGAGAUCAACCGUAUUAGCCACAACGAUGCUUUAGCACACAAUUAAACUGUGGAUUUUGGUGUAUCAACUCUAUGAAACUUUACCAGAAAAUCUUUAGCCAAUCAUUACCCCUAAUAGAUACUAAAACUUGACUCUCAUCUUAAAUGUAGAGGGUAACAAUCCUCCAAUGUCUAUUUCCCCAGAUGUCAAAUACAUAUUUCCCAAGUUCAAGCAGCAAAUCAGUGAGAGAGAUAAACAGCUUUCACCAGAGCUAUAGAAAUUCUAUCAUAGAUUCAAUAAAAUAGCAUUGAUUGCAUUCGGUACAGCUAGUUCACUUUUGCCAUAUCAGCUUAAAUAAAUGCUACAAAUUAUGAAGCAGAUGUCAAAUAAGGGAUGGGCAUUCGUUUAUGCCAGUUAAGUAGAAUCACUUCCCAUAAAUAAAAAUGAGAGAGAAGCCUUCUUCAAGAGAUAUCCUAAUAUUAUCCAGAUGAGAUUCGUACCUUAGCAAACACUACUCGAACAUCCUAAAACAAAGGUGUUCAUAAAUCAUGGAGGAUCAAAUAGUGUUUAAGAAGCAAUGGAGGCAUAAGUACCAAUGAUUAUUAUCCCAAGAUACAUUUUCGAUUAAGACAUGAACUGCCAUAACAUUGAGAAUAAUGGUAGAGGGCUAUGCUGCUUAGACAUGCUAAAGAUUCCUUCACUUCUUGAUUAAAUAGAUAAAAAUCCAUAAUUUAAAGAAAAUACUAAGGGGCUUUCAGGAGCAAUAAAGCUAAAGCGCUAAGAUGAUUAAGACUUUGAGUAUUGGAUUGAUUAUGCAUUUGAAGUUGGAUAUGAGUAGUUUAGAGUAAAGUAGUUCUCUAAAAUGGCUAUUCAUAGAUUUAUUGAUAUGGACGUUCAUCUUGUGGCUUACUCACUACUGCUUUUGGUAAUUUUCACAAUCAUUAAAGUGUUCAUUAAAAUGGUUAAGAUGAGUUUCAAGUUUUUGAUUACGACAUAUAGAAGGUGA